AUGCAUAUACGGAAGAAGGUGGCUUUAAGCAUUGCCCUCGGCUUUGGAUCGAUCUCAUCAAUCGUUGUCAUCUACAAAUGCACAAGGCUGCCGUUGCUUGCCAGCCCUGACCCAACGUACGAUGCGGUCGAACUCGUUAUAUGGACAAUUGUCGAAGGUAGCAUCAUCAUCAUUGCCGCUUGCGUCCCAGUGCUUCAGCCUCUGGCCGAAAUCGUCUUUGGCAAGCGCAUCUUCUCCUCCAGCAGUCGCAGGUAUACACACCAGAAUUCUGGCGGGAAGAGCAUGGGCAUGUUCGGUCAUCAAGGAAAGAAAGAGCCCCAACGGUUCGGCGCGGACAGUUUCAACAGUCUCAAGACCACCAUUGUCACAAAGGGAAGCCAGGAGAGCAUCUUGGAGAAGUACGACUCCGAUGGAAGAAUUGUCAGAACCGACGCUUUCACCGUCACUGUCGAGACGGACAAAGCGUAG